CCUGCGUGCCUCGUCCCGCUGCUCCUGCAGAACCAGUAAAGAGUGUCUCUGUGGUCCCUGUUUCUGGAUAAAUAACCAUGUCUCUGGAGGUGGAAUCCGCGGACGUGAUCCGUCUGAUCAUGCAGUACCUGAAGGAGAACAACCUGCAGCGGACCCUCGUCACCCUGCAGGAGGAGACCACCGUGUCCCUGAACACCGUGGACAGCAUCGAGAGCUUCGUGGCCGACAUCAACAGCGGCCACUGGGACACCGUCCUGCAGGCCAUCCAGUCCCUCAAGCUGCCGGACAAGACCCUGAUCGACCUGUAUGAGCAGGUGGUGCUGGAGCUGAUCGAGCUCCGCGAGCUGGGCGCGGCCCGGUCGCUCCUCCGGCAGACGGACCCGAUGAUCAUGCUGAAGCAGACGCAGCCGGAGCGCUACAUCAACCUGGAGAACCUGCUGGCUCGCUCCUACUUCGACCCCCGAGAGGCGUACCCGGACGGCAGCAGCAAGGAGAAGCGCCGCGCGGCCAUCGCCCAGGCGCUGGCGGGCGAGGUCAGCGUGGUGCCGCCCUCCCGCCUCAUGGCUCUGCUGGGACAGGUACGCCAUGAUGUCACGCCUCGCUUGGAACGCGUGGAAAGUGCCGCCGACGAUGACGACGAUGAUGAUGAUGUUGUUGUUGUUUACGUUCCCCUCCGCCAGUCCCUGAAGUGGCAGCAGCACCAGGGCCUCCUGCCGCCCGGCAUGACCAUCGAUCUGUUCCGGGGCAAAGCCGCCGUCAAAGACGUGGAGGAGGAGCGCUUCCCCACGCAGCUGAGCCGGCACAUCAAGUUCGGGCAGAAGUCCCACGUGGAGUGUUCCCGGUUCUCCCCCGACGGCCAGUACCUGGUCACCGGCUCCGUGGACGGCUUCAUCGAGGUCUGGAACUUCACCACCGGAAAGAUCCGGAAGGACCUGAAGUACCAGGCCCAGGACAACUUCAUGAUGAUGGACGACGCCGUGCUGUGCAUGGGCUUCAGCCGGGACACCGAGAUGCUGGCCACGGGCGCCCAGGACGGGAAGAUCAAGGUGUGGAAGAUCCAGAGCGGUCAGUGUCUGCGGCGGUUCGAGCGCGCCCACAGUAAAGGAGUGACGUGCGUGAGCUUCUGUAAAGACAGCAGCCAGCUCCUCAGCGCCUCCUUCGACCAGAUCAUUCGGGUCCACGGGCUGAAGUCGGGUAAGACCCUGAAGGAGUUCCGAGGCCACACCUCCUUCGUGAACGAGGCGGCGUUCACGCCCGACGGCCACCACGUCAUCAGCGCCUCCUCGGACGGCACGGUCAAGAUGUGGAACAUGAAGACCACCGAGUGCUCCAACACCUUCAAGCCUCUGGGCACGUCGGCCGGCACCGACAUCACGGUGAACAACGUGAUGCAGCUGCCCAAGAACCCCGAGCACUUCGUGGUGUGCAACCGCUCCAACACCGUGGUCAUCAUGAACAUGCAGGGUCAGAUCGUGAGGAGCUUCAGCUCCGGUAAGAGGGAGGGCGGAGACUUCGUGUGCUGCACGCUGUCGCCGCGCGGCGAGUGGAUCUACUGCGUCGGAGAGGACUUCGUGCUCUACUGCUUCAGCACCGUCACCGGAAAGCUGGAGCGGACGCUGACGGUCCACGAGAAGGACGUGAUCGGCAUCGCCCAUCACCCGCACCAGAACCUCAUCAGCACCUACAGCGAGGACGGGCUGCUGAAGCUCUGGAAGCCCUGAGGACCCCCCCCCCCCCCCCCCCACAGUGAACUUGUCCACCUGUCGGUGUUCCCAGAACCCGUGAACUCUUUGUGUGGAUACUUGGUUCUGUUUUUGAAAAUUCCACCUUUUUUGUAAAUAUAUUUUCUAUUUGCAUUUUUUUUUUCUCUCCAAGAAGAUUGUGGUUAAAUAGUUUUUUUGUUGUUGUUUUUUCCCCUCCUUUUUUUAAAUUGAAAUGGCAUCACUCCAGAUUCUUUUUUAAAUCUAUUUUGUAUCCUGAAAUUACUCAAAAUAAAACAUUAAAUGUAAAAAUAAA